CGGAGCAUUGCGGAGACUGAGAAUUAUGUGGGCUGUUCGCUGUGUUGUGGCAUUCGGGCAAAGCAAGAUCGCGGCUCUACAAGUUGAUGGAAUUGGAAGUGGAAGAGCUACAGUUGUUGUCUUCCUCUCAGCUGAUGGACAUACAUGCAUAUGUCCCGUACAGACUCCUCAACUGUCUUGUGAUCAGGCUGCGGAGUUCACUAUUGUUCGACGAUUUUGAAGAUGAUAGUCAAGAUCUGGAGCCUUGAUAAAACAAUAAAGAAACUGGCAGUGGUUGCCACUUUCGACGCCAUAAAGAAAAAGGCCAUAGAGUUCGGUAUAUGCUGCAAUGGAGACAUCAAGGUACACAUGCUGGAUGGAACGGAGGUGGACGAAGAAGCUUUCAAUUGUUUGAAUCAGUCAUCUGAGGAUGCUACUUACACCUUCAUUGCAACAACAGAUUCUUGGGUGUCAGGUCAGCAGGGGGAUGUAACAUCAACACAACAUGAAGGUGUCGAUGUGCCUUUUGGUUCACAAGUUCAGUUUCCCUGGAGCAGCCUUAGCAAAGACGUCAUGAAAGCAUUGCAAGAGGGGACUCAACUUAAUCCGACUGACCGACAAGAAGUUGUGCGCAUGGCUGCCGCGGCCUGUCAAAAAGUCAAGGCUAGACCAUCUGCACGUGAAAUAAGGAGUGCUGCCAGUUACCUUGUUGACAAGUACCCUGGGGCACUUGGGGACCCCACUUCCUGCUCAGCUACGUCAGUUUCUUCUGUAGGCCUGGCCUACAAAAUAGAGAACAGAAUAGAAAACAACAGAAGGGGAUGCAAGCGCCUUGUGGAAGUGCUCAGUGGUGGAACCAUCAAGCUAAAGAAGCAGACAUCUCGAUCAGCUUACGGUUGUGUGAACUGGCAGCCAGCUACUACGAGUUCUUCACUUCAUGAAGUGGAAGCCUCAAGAAAGUUUCUAUUGGACGAGGCAUUGAAGUCGACAUGUGAACAAGACGUUUGCCUUCAAACAAAGGCCAUGGCUGAGUGCUACCCCCACAUCAGGACGUUCAUAAAUUCGUCAGAGCCUCCAUAUUCAGCAUUGGAUGUCAAACGAGCGUGGCCACUUCUGUUUGUGAGGGAGCACCUCCUUGAUCACUUCCAUAGGCUUACAGGUGUCUGUCUGGACGGAAAAUUGAGCCUGCCCAAAGAUGUCCUCCUCCUCGUGACAUUCCUACGUUCAAGCCCCAAAAAUGAUGCUGUGCUCGAGUGGAGCCUCAAAAUCAACAAGGCCGAGGCAGAGUUCAAAGAUCAAAACGCAGCAGCUGUCUGCCUCCUCCCAUUGCUUGCAUCCUACUUUCAAGAAAACCUCGGAGAGCUCUUCCAGUUACAUCAGGUGACAACAGAAAUCACAGAGGAGUUUCGUAACAGUCUGCCUGCUUCUCCUGUAAUUGUUGCACUGGGCCGCUCACUUUUCGAAUGCAGCUGCCAGCUGUUUGUGGACCAUGAGGUGAUGGUGGAAGAUGUGGGCUUUCUCCAAGCUGUGGAGCUCCUUUUCGCCCUUUAUUAUUGUUUAAACAUCCAGUAUGCCAAAGGUGCGGGAACCACACUUGAGUUCAUUCAGAGAUACCAAGUUGGUAUCAAACAACAUGAUGGGUCACGACAGGAGGCCGGGAGGUCGAAAGGAGCUCGGGCAAGAGCAAUCAAAGCCGCCACAGAUCUUGCUGCUUUUGAGAAAAAAUGGAACAGUGUGAGUACAUAUUUGAUUUGGCAUGUGUACGAUGUGGUAUCAAAAGGUUUCCAGUCUUGUUUUGUAUUAAAAAGAAAAGCAAAUAGCGGCACGACACUGCAUUCACAGGGGUCGAGGGCAGCAACCUUGAUCUGUCAUGGUGCUGAGUGGCUCAAUGUGGCAAUGCACAGCUCAUCUGAUGAUCGAUCGGAUGCCAUGAAGGUUUCUUUAUAAUUAUGUUCUUUUACGGUUUACAAUAUAGUUCUUCAAUUUCAAAACUGC